GGCGUCGUACACACGAGCGUGAUUAGUGUGCGUGCGGGCUGCGCUGCGCCGCGCUCGCUUACUACUGAUGUAAACAUUUACUGUUGUCAUUUUGUUUCAGUGCGUUUCCAAGAUCGUAUGGGACUCUUAUUGAAUGCAUUAAAACUUGUGAACAGCUGUCACCCUACAAUCAUAUAAGAAUUACAGUGCUCAUGUAACCCGCACAAUUUUGACGAAGUGUUCAUCUUUGUUUACAUAACAGUGUUUUUGUUGUUCCUACACCAAAGGAUUUCAUAGGAACCAAGCUCAAACUAUGUAACUUUUUGUUUUAUUCAACAAAUUGAUGAGAACGUGAUUGAGAAAUUGUAUCUAAAUUGCUGCUGCACUGCAUAGGGUAGCAAAAUGCCCUCGCUCUUAGAAGCCCUCGAGCGCAAAUACGGCGCCAAAGGCGAAGUUAACCCGUGCAUAGACAACCUGCCUGUCGCCAUCUUCGUCCCGAAGCGGUCGCCUCGUUUGAGCGUCCCAACACUGCUGGUACUCAAUGACUGCGACAUCGACUGCGCGGGCGACGCCUGCGUGCUGGCUGACAAGUGCGCUGAUGUCGUUGAGCUGGAUAUAGCUAACAAUAAGCUUACGGAAUGGUCAGAGGUCUUCGCAAUAUUAGAGCAGACGCCGCGCGUGCGUUUCCUAAACCUGAGCUUCAACCGUCUCUCAGCACAAAUCCAAGCCGCGCAAGCUCUCAACCCUCGCUGGGACAGCCUCAGCAACCUCGUCCUGAACUCCACAUACGUCGGCUGGUCCAACGUGUACGCACUCCUCAAGGCUCUGCCAGCUCUCGAAGAACUGCACUUGAGCCUCAACGAGUACUCGUACGUGGAUCUAAGCGGCAAGGAAGUUGAUGAGAAGGACAGGUGCGAUGCCUGCUCGAGACUCAAAGCGCCAGACUCCAACGAACCAGUACACGAGAGCUUGAAGAAACUCCACUUUUCCGGAAACCCUAUUAAUAGCUGGCGGGAAAUAUCGAAAUUGGGAUACGCUUUCCCAAAUUUGGAAACGCUGUUGGUCAACGACUGUCCUGUCAAUACGUUGGAGCCGGAUCCUUGUGAGAAAUGCGGCGAUGACAAUGGAAAUAGAAAGAGUCACGAUGCCUUCCCACGCCUCCGGUUCUUGAACCUGAACAACACGGGCCUCGGGACGUGGGACGAAGUGGACAGGCUUGCGCAGUUUCCCUCGUUGAAGAGUUUACGAGUACAGGGUUGGCCGCUAUGGGAGCGCCUGGAAUCCACGGAGCACGAGCGGCGGCUGCUGCUGGUGGCUCGGCUGCCUCGUGUCCGCACCCUGAACGGAGGAGGAGCGGUGCCCGAAGAGGAGAGGGACUCCGCCGAGAGGGCCUUCAUUCGGUACUACAUGGAGAAGCCGGAGAGCGACCGCCCGGAUAGGUACUGGGAGCUGGUGAGCGUCCAUGGCAAGCUGGACCCGCUGGUGUCCGUGGACCUGAGACCCGAGAAGCGGGUGCAGAUCACCUUCACCUGCGGAGAGAACAGCGAAGUCCGCACCGUUGACGUUUAUAGAACUGUCGCUGACCUGAAGACUAGGCUGGAGCGAUUGGCCGGCUUCCCAGCGUCCAAAAUGAGACUCUUCUACGUCGAUCAAGAACUCAGAGAUUCUCAGUGCCAUCAGGGGCCGGAAGAGAUGAAGUACCCGACCAAGCAGCUGUACUCCUACAACAUCCGGUCGGGCGACGAGAUCAUCAUCGACUCGAAGCUGAAGCACUCGAUCUCCACCAACUCGACCGCGUGAGACGCCGUCGAGAACCCUUAGUUGGCAGCGUUGACGUUAAUAAGUGAAUACCAUAGACAAAAAUGUUAUAGUACCUAAGUCUGUUUCAUUUGGAUCUGUAGUUAGAUUUUUUGGCUCUUUUUGGAAUUGUAGGCUCUUGAGUAACAAUCAAACACCUUAAACAUUGCCAAAUAUUAAAAACAAAACCAGGACAUUCGUACGGCCAAUGAGGUACCACUUUUUGUGUCCAUGGAAUUAUAUCAUUGGCGGAACGGUUAGAAACACAUUUUUUUAAUUCUUUGCAGAUUCAUAUGGAAUAGGCUAUAAAACCUAGUACUAUGGUCCUGCUUGCAAUCCAGUAAAAAAAAGCAGCCAUCUGCUAAAGCGAGAAAGUGAUACGAGUAUAUACUCGUGUAUAUAUAUAUGCAGAUAAUAAUAUUAUUAUCAUCUCACUCUAGCAGAUAACCAUCUCCCGCUCUUUUAGGGCUACAA